CACCAGGAGAGCAGCUGCCAGUCAAAAGUAUGAGAGCCAAAUAAUUGCUGCUUUCCGUUUCCAAUUUCUCCCUUUAUUAAACCCAUCGCCUCCGUUUCCUAGCCUCGUAAACCUUCUCCCUCUUCCUCUUUCUCUCUCUCUCUCUUUCUCUCUCUCUUCUCAGUUCUUCCUCUUGCAAAUGUCUCAAGUCCUCUCAAAAUCUCCCAAACACUGUGCCAAGCAAGGACUGAGCAUUGACAAGUCCUACAAGAAAAUAUUUUUUGCCUUCUCUUCAUUUUUCAGCACAGUUUUAGCCUUCAUAUUCCUCAUCUGGCUAAUCCUUCACCCUGCAAAACCUCAGUUCUCCCUCAGAGAAGCAGAUAUCUACCAACUCAAUCUUUCAGGCCCUCACCUUCUCAACUCUUCCAUACAACUCACCCUGCUCUCCAAAAAUCCAAAUAAAAAGGUUGGCAUUUACUACGACAAGUUGCAAGCUUAUGCUGCAUAUAAAGGGCAACAGAUUACUGUUGAUACCUCUCUUCCUCCUUUCUACCAAGGACAUGAAGAAAGCAACCUGUUAACAGCAUCUUUAGAGGGAAAAGGGCUGCCUGUGGCUCCGUCCUUUGGUUACGAAGUUGGACGUGAUCAGACUGCUGGAAGAAUAGUCCUGAACCUGAAGGUAAACGGGAAGCUUAGGUGGAAGGUUGGGACUUGGGUUUCUGGCCGAUAUCAGUUCAACGUGAACUGUGUUUCUGUUAUGGCUUUUGGACCUACUGUCCCAACAGGUCCACUGAGUUCAAAUCAAGGGACUCAGUGUUCCACUGCUUUGUGAUAUGAUGUUAACUAACAUGCUUUUAGCAGUUAUCUUAGGUCUAUCUUUGAAAUAGCAGCUUGUUAUCAGCUUGAUGGUCUAUACUUUUCACUGUUUUAUGUGUUGUAUUCUGAAAACUAAAAUUAAGAGAUUGUAAUAUGGUAAGUGAUAAUGAAAAGCUUAUUCAGAAUGUGCAUCUUUCUCUUA